AUGGGCAUUCUCGACUUUCCAACAGAGGUGCAGCUUGCCAUCGCUGAAUUACUGCCCUUAUGCGACUUGUCCGCCUUAUCCAUGACCAGCAAGGGCUUGCGCCAUCUCACCGAACCGCUCAUCUACUCAUCGAUCAGGAUGACAUGGACACUCCAAGACCACCCAACUAUCGUGCUGCUCCUACGAACUAUCCUCGAAAGACCGGAACUAGGAAGCUACAUUCGACGCCUGAAACUUGACGGUGAAGGGUUUCUUCAACCGUCACGUCAGUGGAUCGCUCAGAAUCCCGCUGCACUGCCGAAUAUCGUGUUACUCCAGGCCGAAAAGCUUUCUAGAGCCGCUGAUUCCGCAGGAGUGGAAGAAAACACCGGUUCUUGGGUCCAUGAGGCCCAAUCUGGGUCACCCAAUGCCGUUGUAGCAUUUCUUUUAAGUCUAUUACCGAACUUGGAAUGGCUCUCCCUCUCUUGCAACUGGACCAACGAGAUCAAAUACAUCGGACUGGUAUUCAAAUCAGCCCUCUGCAAGACUGCCAUGGACGGCUUUCCGCCACGACUGCCCGUCUAUGAGUCACUGAAGCACGUCGAGCUGGCACCUAGGGUCGAUACAGACCACUUUCUCGACCCAGAAAACACGCUGGACGCCUUAAGCCUAUUCUACUUGCCCAAUAUCGAACACCUAUCAGUCUGCAUCGAUAACCCGAUCGAGUUUUCUUGGCCAUGUUCAACCCCGCCGAAUCCGCUGUUGCUGACUUCCCUCGAGUUGGAUCGGAUAAGGGAAACCCGCCUCGAGCCAUUGUUGUCUGCUCUUAAAAGCCUACGGAAGUUACAGUAUAACUGGUUCUACCAGGCUGAUAUGGACCCAAAAGUCAGCAACCGCGUCGUCAAGUUGGAUACGAUGGCGGCAGCAUUGGCGGUACUCAGGGACACGCUAACCGAGUUGACCAUCACGGGAGAAACACAGCCGGCGUUAUCGAUGGGAGAAUACGAUCCACCUGACAUCACCUUCCAGGGCUCGCUGGGCCAGCUUUCCCAGCUGCACAAGCUAAAACGAAUGAACAUUCCGUGGCUCUUUCUGAUGGGCAUGACGGAGUCUCCCCCCGGCCGGAUCGAUUUCAAUCUCCCUCCCAAUGUCGAGAAUCUUGCACUUCCCGGGGAUUUAUUUGAGGUUGAUAGCAACGAGUGGGAUGAUGAAAUGAUCAUAUCUGCACUAAGGUCGGAGCUGGAGAACGGAGCGCUAUCCAGAAUGGGAUGCUUGAAGAAUAUGACGGUCUCGGGAUCCUACUGCCUAAAUAGAGAGCCGAGUGAGUACUUGAGGGAUAUAGAAGCCCUAAGUGUUCAAUUCAACCUUGAGGUUAUGGAUUCCAGGAAGGAUUUUAUUAAGACUGGGAUUCGGAAUAGGCAAAAUUCAUAG